ACUAGCCAAUCAUAACUGCCAGUACUAUUGGCUGGUGCCAGUCGACCAUUCCAGAGUCUUCGUGCGGGCAUCAUGGCUGCGCUGGCGGCUUCCUCGCUCAAUGGCGUCAAGAUCUACAACUUGUCGUCCGGCAAGACUCUGCCCCAAUGGCUAGCUGAGAAAGGUGGCAGUCGCAAGGCGUUGGCCAAGGAUGAGGACUACCGUCGUCGUGUAGAGUUGUUGCAGGACUUCCACUUCCCUGCUAGUUCCCAGCGCAUCCGCAUGUCCUCGGACGGCAAUUACGUGGUGGCAACGGGCAUGUACCCUCCUUCCGUCAAGGUUUUUGAUGUGCGCGACCUGAGUCUCAAGUUUGAACGCGGUUUGGACGCCGAAGUGGUACAACUCGAAGUUCUAUCCGCCGACUUUGGCAAGCUCGCAUUUCUGCAGGCAGACCGCUCCGUGGCUUUCCACGCACCGUACGGCACGCAUUACAACAUGCGUAUUCCUAAAUUCGGUCGGGAUAUGACGUACCACCGUGAGAACUGCGAGUUGUACGUGGCAGCAUCGGGUUCCGACGUGUAUCGUAUUAACCUGGACCAGGGUCGCUUCGUGGCUCCACUGGAGCUGCAGUCGCAGUCCUCAGCUGCCAAUGUGGUGCAAUUAAACCCCAUCCAUCAGCUUGUGGGCGUCGGCUGUGAAGACGGAGUCGUCGAGAUGUUCGACUCGAGGAAUCAGCAACGCGUUGGUAGUCUGGACAUCGCAGCACAUUGCGCAACCAACUCAGCCAAGCCUCUGGAAGUUACAGCAUUAAGAUUUGACGACGACGGACUGACGUUUGGCGUCGGAACUUCCGAGGGACAGUGUCUGUUGUACGAUCUGCGUUCGUCGCGUCCUCUGUUGGAGAAGAACCACCAGUACGGCCUGCCCAUUGUGAAUCUGCAGUUCCACGACUACGCUCGCAAGGUCAUUUCGUCAGAUGCCAAGGUGAUUAAGAUCUGGGACCGUCGUGACGGUGCUGUGUUCACGAACGUGGAAACGCCUGCGGAGGUCAAGGACGUGUGUAUUGUAGAAGGAGCACAGGGCAAGUCGGGUGUGUUAUUGGUAGCUGGUGAACAGGAACGUGUGAUGAGCUACUACAUCCCGGAACUGGGUAUCGCUCCGAAAUGGUGUUCGUUCUUGGACUCACUAACGGAGGAGCUGGAAGAGGAGGCACAGGCCACAGUAUACGAUGACUACCGCUUCGUCACGCGUGCUGAGAUCGCGUCGUUCGGUCUCGAUCACUUGGUGGGCACUCCGCUACUCAAGGCCUACAUGCACGGUUUCUUCAUGGACGCUCGUCUGUAUAACAAGGUCAAGGCUGUGGCCGAGCCGUUCGCGUACGACGAGUGGCGUAAGAAGAAACUCAAAGAGAAGGUUGAAGCCAAACAGUCCAACCGUAUCACCAUCCAGCGUCGGCUGCCCAAGGUUAACCGUGCUACGGCCGAGCGUAUCCUGCAGAACGAAGCCAAGCGGAAAAAGCACAACAAGGAGGGCGACGAGGAGGAAGACACCGACAAAAACUUCUCGAAUCCACUUGGCGACGAACGUUUCUCACGUAUGUUCACGUCUUCGGACUUCGAAGUGGAUGAGGAGAGCGACACGUUCCGUAUGCUGCACCCGAACGCUGCUAACACUAAGCAGCGCAAGCAGGAAGACAUGGAUAGUGAUGCUGGUACAGACGACGAAGAAGAAGACGAAGUGGGUGGUCGCUUUGCCCGUGUGGACGACAGUGAAGAGGAAGAGAUUGAAGGCAGACCGAGUGACGAGUCCUCAUCAGAUGAAGAAGAAAUUGAGGAACCGAAGCGCGCUGCUCCGAAGACUAAGCGGAAACCUGCACCCAAGUUCUACGAGAUCGCAGAAGGCGAGAAGGUGGGUGACCUCAUGUCUUUCGGUUCCUCAAGCGACCGUGCUGCUCAGCGCGAGAAGAAACAGUUAGCCAAGUUGCCACUCUCAGAGCGGUUGAAAAUGCAGCGUGUCACUGAGAAGGAACGCAGUGCCUUCAAGAAGGAGGAGACUGCGGGUGGAGGCUACAUCCGCGAGAUGUCCUUCAUUCCGCAGGCUGACCUACGCAAACAACAGCGUGCACGCGAGCGCGAAGGCGGCGAUGCGGAUGAUGGCGAUGCGGCGUUUGGCAAUGGAAAGCGACGGAAGAAACGUGGCGUUGGUGACCUGAAACUCUCGAAUCCUGCAGGACGUGGCCGCUUCCGUAGAUAAUUUCCAUGCAUUUUCAAUAGAGUUGAUUGACAUACAUUCUUAUUUUUUU